CCUGCCCAGAGUCAGCAGUUCCCCUGCAUUCCCAAAAUCAAACAGCAAUAGGGCAGGACACGGCAGGCUAACUGCAGGAUAGAGCUAUGAGUCAAGUACUGCACCAUAUCAAUGACAGCCCAGCUGGAGCAAACGACAUACGGUCUAUCUAACUUCAGACAGACACAGUAUUCUUGAAGAGAUAAUGGUAAGUCCUCUAAUGUGGUGGGAUGGGUUGGCUCUGUGUCUGCGCACAUUGCGGUCUUUUUUCUUACUGCAUGGGAUAUUUAUGUACAAUAACCUUGAAGAUGUGCUACAGUAGCCUAGUGCAGUACAGCGCAGAUGAGGAGGAGAGGAUCGAGGAGUAUGGCGUAGGGUUUUUUGUUUACAAUGUGGUCAGGUUAUUUGUUACAAUGUGGUCAGCAGCAUGUUUCCAUGUUCCUGUUAUAGGCUAUAGGCGAUUAAAAUGUAUAAUAUUGCAGAGUUGUCUGUAAAGGAACUUUGCUGCAAUAACAACCCUUUAUUUUUAUUUUUUAUUUUUUACAUCUAAACAUUUUAGUCAUUUAUCAGACGCUCUUAUCCAGAGCGACUUACAGUUUAGUAAGUGCAUAGAUUUUUCAUACUGGCCCCCCGUGGGAAACGAACCAACAACCCUGGCGUUGCAAGCGCCAUGCUCUACCAACUGAGCUACAGGACCAUGGCCUAAACAUAUGGGGGAGCUCUCUUUGACAUUCCCACUGGGCAAAACCUGGUUGAAUCAACGUUGUUUCCACGUAAUUUCAACCCCAAAAAAUCUAUGUUGAAUCAACAUGGAAACCAAAAAGUCAUCAACUUAAGGGAAUUUCGUAUUUUUUUUUCACCCAACUUUUAACCUAAAUCCAAUGACAGAUUUACAUAUUGGUUGAUUUCACAUUGAAUUCACUCACGUUAGUUAACAACUCAAGCAAAUGUAAAUCAAAUCUAAAUGUUGAACUGACAUCUGUGCCCAUUGUGUUGUCUCCAUAUAGGUGUACACUGAAGUUGCACUUUAACCUACAGUGCAUUCGGAAAGUAUUCAGACCCCUUGACUUUUUCCACAUUUUAUUACGUUACAGCCUUAUUCUAAAAUUGAUUAAAUCGUUUCCCCCCCUCACCAAUCUAUACACAAUACCCCUUAAUGGUGAAGCAAAAACAAGGUUUUGAAUUUUUUGCUAAUUUAUAAAAAAACAAAACGGAAAUAUAACAUUUACAUAAGUAUUCAGACCCUUUACUCAGUACUUUGUUGAAACACCUUUGGCAACGAUUACAGCCUUGAGUCUUCUUGGGUAUGACGCUACAAUUUUGGCACACCUGUAUUUGGGGAGUUUCUCCCAUUCUUCUCUGCAGAUCCUCUCAAGCUCUGUCAGGUUGGAUGGGGAGCGUCGCUGCACAGCUAUUUUCAGGUCUCUCCAGAGAUGUUCGAUCGUGUUCAAGUCCGGGCUCUGGCUGGGCCACUUAAGGUCAUUCAGAGACUUGUUCCAAAGCCACUCCUGCGUUGUCUUGGCUGUGUGCUUAGGGUCGUUGUCCUGUUGGAAAGUGAACCUUCGCCCCAGUCUGAGGUCCUGAGCGCUCUGAGCAGGUUUUCAUCAAGGAUCUCUCUAUACUUUGCUCCGUUCAUCUUCCCCUCGGUCCUGACUAGUCUCCCAGUCCCUGCCGCUGAAAAACAUCCCCACAGCAUGAUGCUGCCACCACCAUUCUUCACCAUAGGGAUGGUGCCAGGUUUCCUCCAGACGUGACGCUUGGCAUUCAGGCCAAAGAGUUCAAUCUUGGUUUCGUCAGACCAGCGAAUCUUCUCAUGGUCUGAGAGUCUUUAGGUGCCUUUUGGCAAACUCCAAGCGGGCUUUCAUGUGCCUUUUACUGAGGAGUGGCUUCCGUCUGGCCACUCUACCAUAAAGGCCUGAUUGGUGGAGUGCUGCAGAGAUGGUUCUCCUUCUGGAAGGUUCUCUCAUCUCCACAGAGGAACUCUAGAGCUCUGUCAGAGUGACCAUAGGGUUCUUGGUCACCUCCCUGACCAAGGCCCUCCUCCCCCCGAUUGCUCAGUUUGGCCAGGCGGCCAGCUCUAGGAAGAGUCUUGGUGGUUCCAAACUUCUUCCAUUUAAGAAUGAUGGAGGCCACUGUGUUUUUGGGGACCUUCAAUGCUGCAGACAUUUUUUGAUACCCUUCCCCCGAUCUGUGCCUCGACACAAUCCUGUCUCGGUGCUCUACAGACAAUUCCUUCGACCUCAUGGCUUGGUUUUUGCUCUAACAUGCACUGUCAACUGUGGGACCUUAUAUAGACCUUAUAUAUAGACCUUAUAUUUCCAAAUCAUGUACAAUCAAUGUAAUAUACCACAGGUGGACUCCAAUCAAGUUGUAGAAACUACUCAAGGAUGAUCAAUGGAAACAGGAUGCACUUGAGCUCAAUUUCGAGUCUCAUAGCAAAGGGUCUGAAUACUUACGUAAAUAAGGUAUUUCUGUUUUUUUAUUUUAAUAAAUUAGCAAACAUUUCUAAAAACCAGUUUUCGCUUUAUCAUUAUGGGGUAUUGUGUGUAGAUUGCUGAAAAAUAUAUAUAAUCCAUUUUAGAAUAAGGUCCCUGUGUGAUACCAUUUCUGAAGAACUUUAUUGAGCAGCUACAGCUACUCAUCCUUUCUUAUGGGGUUCUAACAUAGCCUAGUGCAAAGUGAGCUAACUUUAGAGGCCCCAUUCCCAUCACAUGGUGAACUGCACUCUCUUACCACUGCAUGAUGUAGCAGCUGAUGUCAUAGUCAUACCAAUUUAGCAGACACUCUUAUCCAGAGUGAUUGCAUACAUUUUUGUACUGGUCCCCCAUGGGAAUCAAACCCACAACCCUGGCGUUGCAAGCGCCAUGCUCUACCAACUGAGCCACACAUACCCUAAACAAGAUGCGAUGGAUGGCGUAGUGGUGCCAGGAAAAUAACCUCUCCCUCAACGUCAACAAAACAAAGAAGCUGAUGGUGGACUCAGAGCAUAUGAGCGGAGUGGAGCGGUGAGAAUCUCAGCUCCUCGCUCACGGAGCUGUUCACCCCUCCGCUCCCCCCGCUCAAAGCCACAUCAGGCCAGCCCGCUCAUUAUCGCUCAGCGCUCAACGCAGUUUGCAUCGCGCUCCACUCAAAUCGCCCCCGCUCACUCCAAAAAAGGAACAAAAUCUGCAUGUAUUUCACUUUUAGCUUAAACCACAGCCUUACUUUAUCUCCCCGAAUUUGUUGCAUACAGACUCAUCUCGGAUGAUCCAUUCUGUCUUGAAACGGGGAUCUAACACUGACGCUAAAAUGAGAUGUUAAUCAGUAUAGUAUAUUCCAUAGCGAAUUGACACGUUGUUUGCCAAUGUUUCUGCAAAAGCAGCAAUGCCCAUUGGAAGUGCAGCGUGAGUGUAAUCGGUGAGCAGGGAUUUGAUUUCUGUGACAGCAGGGAGGAUCAUCCCCAGGUUCCCCAGCUCCUUCUGCAUUUUGUCUGUGAGGUCUGCUAGUGGUGUCAGCACACUGACAAGGUGCGUCAGCUGCCGUACUUGAUUCAGGGUGAUGUUAGCAACAUUAGACUUGAGUUUGUUUUACCAUAACGGGUCUUUUUGGAACAACCGGAUGAACGACUGAAUCAUCCGCAGCUGGCUGCUCCAUCGAAUGGCGCAGGCAUUUGUGGGGCGGACACCUAAUUGGUCGGUUUCCUCUGUGCUCUUGCGUACACUUUUCACCAGGUGCCCAACUUUCACUAACAGCCUAUUAAUGUUGUCGUGCUUGUUAACGGCGUUUUUGAUCGCCAGCUGAAGCAUGUGAAUGGGGCAUCUCAGAUGUAAAUUUGACAAAGUAAAGUACUGAUUUAUCAUAGUUUCUUGGGGGGGGUGUAGCCCGGUUGAGCUGCGCUGGCGAAGUGUUGCAUCCCUUCGCGUUCUCCUUUACUCAGCGGUUCAUAGUCCAUGAAAAUCAUUUCAAAAAAUGCUACAUCCAGCUCUCUUUUUCUCUCCCUUGUUAUGGUUGGGCCUUUGCGUGCAGUGAAUAAACGUUUCAAUUGCUCAACCCUUUUCUCUUGUUGCUGCUGCUGCUCCUCUCGCUCUAUAAAAUACAAAUUCAUGGACGACACAAAUUAAAUUAAACAGAUGGAUUCUGGGUCAGGCUUGAGCAUGCUUCAGACUCGUGGUGUGAGCGAGCGAAAUUGGAGCGGGACAUAGGGCGACGCUCCGUCCUUUUAAAAAUGCCGCUCUGCGCUCUGUUCAAAAUCCGUCCGCUCACGCUCCACGCUCGCUCCCGCUCCACUCCGCUCAUAUGCUCUGGGUGGACUACAGGAGACAGCAGAGAGCACGCCCCCAUCCACAUCGAUGGGGGCCGUAGUGGAGAGGGUCAAAAGCUUCAAGUUCCUCUGCGUGCACAUUACCGAGGACCUGAAAUGGUCCCUUGACUCCCUUCACACCGACAGCGUGGUGAAGAAUGCUCAACAGCACCUCAUCAACCUCAGGAUGUUGAAGAAAUUCCUCUUGGACCCUAAGACCUCACUAACUUCUACAGAUGCAGAGAGCAUUCUGUCGGGCUGUAUGAUCGCCUGGUACGGCAACUUCAACACCCGCAACCGCAGGGCUCUCCAGAGGGUGGUGCGGUCAGCCCAACUUAUCAUCGGGGGCACACUGCCUGCCCUCCAGGACACCUACAGCACCCGGUGUCACAGGAAGGCCAAUAAGAUCAAGGACAGCCACCCGAGCUACGGCCUGUCCACCCCGCUACCAUCUAGAAAGCAAAGACAGUACAGGUGCAUCAAAGCUGGGACAAGAGAAUGAUAAACAGCUUCUAUAUCCAGGCCAUCAGAAUGUUAAACAGUCAUCACUAGCCGGCCUCCAUCCAGUACCCUGCCCUGCACCUUAGACACUGUCACUAGCCGGUUACCAUCCGGUACGCUACCCUGCACCUUAGAGACUGCUGCCCUAUAUACAUAGCGUCAUUGAACACUAAUCACUUUAAUCAUGUUUACAUACUGUUUUACCCACUUUAUAUAUACAGUAUACUGUAUUCUAGUCAUGGCUCAUCCUAUAUAACUACUGCUGUACACACCUUUUCUAUUCACAUGCUGUCUAUACACACCAUUCACAUACACAUACUGUAUAUUUACACUGAACAAAAAUAUAAAUGCAUGUAAAGUGUUGGUCCCAUGUUUCAUGAGUGAAAUAAAAGAUCCCUGACAUUUUCCAUAUGCACAAAAAGCUUAUUUCUGUCAAAUUCUGUGCACAUUCUCCUUUGCCAAGAUAAUCCAUCCACCUGACAAGUGUGGCAUAUCAAGAAGCUGAUUAAACAGUAUGAUCAUUACACAGGUGCACCUUGUGUUGGGGACAAUAAAAGGCCACUCUAAAAUGUGCAGUUUUGUCACACAACACAAUGCUACAGAUGUCUCAAGUUUUGUGGGAGCGUGCAAUUGGCAUGCUGACUGCAGGAAUGUCCACCUGAGCUUUUGCCAGAUAAUUUAAUGUUAAUUUCUCUACCAUAAGCCGCCUCCAACGUCGUUUUAGAGAAUGCGGCAGUACGUCCAACCGGUCUCACAACCACAGACCACGUGCAAGGCGUCGUGUGGGUGAGCAGUUUGCUGAUGUCAAUGUUAUGAAGAGUGCCCCAUGAUGGCGGUGGGGUUAUGGUAUGGGCAGGCAUAAGCUACGGACAACGAACACAAUUGCAUUUUAUCGAUGGCAAUUUGAAUGCACAGAGAUACCGUGACGAGAUCCUGAGGCCCAUUGUCGUGCCGUUCAUCCACCCACCAUCACCUCAUGUUUCAGCAUGAUAAUGCACUGCCCCAUGUUGCAAAUAUCUGUACACAAUUCCUGGAAGCUGAAAAUGUCCAAGUUUUUCCGUGGCCUGCAUACUCACCAGACAUGUCACCACCCAUUGAGCAUGUUUGGGAUGCUCUGGAUUGACAGCGUGUUCCAGUUCCCGCCAAUAUUGAGCAAUUUCGCACAGCUAUUGAAGAGGACUGGGACAACAUUCCACAUGCCACAAUCAACAAUCUGAUCAACUCUAUGCGAAGGAGAUGUGUCAUGAUGCAUGAGGCAAAUGGUGACCACACCAGAUACUGACUGGUUUUCUGAUCCACACCCCUACUUUUUUAAAGGUAUCUGUGACCAAAAUAUGCAUAUCUGUAUUCCCAGUUAUGUGAAAUCCAUAGAUUAGGGCCUAAUGCAUUUAUUUCAAUUGACUGAUUUCCUUAUGAACUGUUACUCAGUAGAAUCUUUGAAAUUGUUGCUUGUUGCAUUUAUAUGUUUGUUCAGUGUAGAAAUAGAUCAUGCCUCUCCCUAAACAGCAGGAAGAAGAUUGUAUAGUCAACUUCCCUGGCAGUUCUUGACUAUGGUGACACCAUUUAUCGGAAUGCAGCAGCCACUACUCUUAAGCCUUUAGAUGCUGUCUACCAUAGCUUUAUAUAUUCAGGACUGGUCAUGGGGUUUUGUACUGUGUAUUUAAAUACUGUAUUCUCAACAUAGCUCAUUCUAAUAUUUCUACUAUUGUACAUUGCAUUUUACUUACACUUUUUAUAUACACCGCUUAUUUAUUUAUAUACUGAAUUAUUGACAUAGCUCACUCUAAUAUACUGCUGUACAUAUCAUUCUUAGUAUAUCUUAUGUAAAUUCUUCCAGUGUAUACACGUAUAGAUUGCAUUUGGAUUACUGUUACAGUGCUAUUUGGGUUGCUAAUUAGAUUCGUUCUGACAUUUCUUGAUUUCUUGAUUUCUUUCUUUUUUUGUGUACUUGAUUGACAUUUUACUGCAUUGUUAGGCGUUAGUAACAUAAUAAUUUUGCUGCACCGGCUAUAACACUGCUAAACUGUGUACAUGACCAACAAACUUUCAUUUGAUUUGUUUAUAGGCUAGCCAUAUUGGAGCUUUGGAAUGGCUAGCAGCACCAUUGGGUAUCCCUUAACUGGAACUUCACUGAUGUGUCCCUCCCUGCCUCCCUUGCAGAUCUGCUCACAGACCCUGUCCCUGGGGACAGUGACCUGCUUGGUCCUAAUCUUUGGCCUCUAUGCGACCUCCCUCCCUACUGAUGCUGAUAAGGGAAGGAGGAAAGUUGUUCAUGUACUCGGUACGAUCUCUACCUCUGUCUCUUUCCCCAUCCCACACAUAUUGCAUCACUGUAAUGAGAUUGCUUUUUUACAUUCUAAGGGAAGUAUAAAAGAGCAGCUGUCUGGGUUUCAAUAUAAGUGAGUUGCCAAACUGUAUCUCUCCUCCAGUAUUAUUGGCAGUCAACUGUAGAAAAUUGAAUUCCUGUUUCAUAUAAAAUGAGGUAGGAGUCAUAUUAUCAGUAAAAUGUUGCUAAAUUCCAUCCGCUUCAUAUUCAAGCAGAUGCUGUUGAUUUGGACUCUUAGAACAGUCUCUUUCAAAGCUGUGAGGAAGCUGUGUUCAGCCUGAUUGGGAACUUGCUGAUGUUGUACUGGCAACCAGCUACAAUAUCACCUUGUUAUCAUCACCUGUCCUUCUUAAUUAUAAUGUUAUUAUGAUUAUGUUAUAUACAAUAUGCCUCCACCUGGAUACAUCUCUCCUCACGCCUGAAAUCCCAACCUAGAUUUAUGUUAUGAUGUAUUCUGUAAACAGGUCUCAAAGCUCAGCGGUCGGUUACAAACAUUUCUGAGCGCAGAGUUCCCAGCUCACGGUCACUAUAACCAGCUGUCAUGGCUAAUUGUAGGCUUUGUGAUCUGUUCACAAUAAGCAGACUCUCAGCUGUGUUGCUCAGUAACUCUCAGAGAAGAGCAGCACUCUCACAAAGCCUAGGAGACGGCCUGGCUGCCAAUGACGCAAACCAGAGCUACAUGUACAUUCCAUUUCAAAUAAAGUUGUCUCCUACCCACUGCUCUCAUUCACUACCCCUCACAAAUCUGAGACAACUGGGUAGAUGUAAGUUAUAGCUCCGCCUACGCGUCAUAUUGAUUUCCAGUCCUAUUAGAUUUGCGAAGUGGAGUGAACACGGGUGUAGGUGUGGGGAGUGGAACACUUUCUGGAAUGAAACAGAGCCAAGGCCUUGGGGAUUCAGCUGGCCUCAAAAGAACUAUGAUGUAAUAGGCAGUGCCAGUGACACAGAACAAAGCAUGCUGGGACCUGGUGCUGAUGAUGAAACACAGAUCUCUUAGGUGACACAUGUCUCCUCAGCCCAUUGGCCCUCACUGGCGAAACAACAAACUAUCUAAUUAUAUACACUUUCACCAUCCUGACCUUAUAACUAAAGUUUGGGUGGUUCCCAUAACUUUAACAGUAAUAAUGUCCCUAUAUACUGUAGAUCAUCACACCAUGAGAAAAUCCUCCUUUUAAAAGUAAAGUACUGGUGCAUCAGAUCAUUGAUAAACAUACUGUAAGUCCCCCACAACCUUGCCUGUCCUGACCAUUCCUGUUCCUCUACUCCCCCUCUCUGCGUCCAGAGGAUGACACCGGGGCAGUGAUUGUUCAGACCGCCCCCGGUAAAGUGAUCACCCACCGGGGAGGCUCCAUUACCCUGCCCUGCCGCUACCACCACGAACCCGAGAGCUCCGACCCCAACCGCAUCCGCAUCAAGUGGACCAAGGUGACGGAUGCGCUGGUGUUUGAGGAUGUGUUUGUGGCACUGGGCCUCCAGCAGAGGGUGUUCGGGUCGUACCGGGGGCGUGUGUCCCUGGAGCAGAACGGACCAGGGGACGCCUCGGUCAUCAUCCACAACGUCACCCUGGAGGACUACGGACGCUACGAGUGUGAGGUCACCAACGACAUGGAGGACGAUACUGGAUUCGUCAACCUCGAUCUUGAAGGUCAGAGGUUAAGGUUGAAGGGUUAAGGGUUAGAUGGGUUCAAAGCCAUGUAUUUAGAGAGUUGGGCCAACUUUUAGAAUAGUAAUUAUUGUUCUAAUUCUAGACAUACAGUUACAUAGCAUUAUUUACCAGGUUUCCGAACACCCCAGCCACGAGCUGGUCACCUCCUUCCCAACAGGCUCAGAGACAGUUUCUAUCUACAAGCCACCUUAGCACACACAGACUGUUCUCCCCUAAGGGUGUCUGCUGCUGUUAUCUCCUUCUCUCUUUCUUCCCUCACACCCCUGACAAUUUCUCUUUCUCACCCGCUGUCUCACCCCUUUCACUCCCCCACCCCCUCUCUCUCUUGCUCUCUCUCUCACACAACUGCUGCUACCAGACUCUUAUUAUGAUUGCUAAAUACUGCACAAUUUAAACACUUGCCCCCAAUCCCCCCUUCCCCAAAACACGUGUAAAUAUUGGACUAUAAAUGGUGCCUUCCUGUAUUAUACUUAUGCUAAAAUAUUAAUUAUGUUCUACUGAGCCAUUUACUUCAUGUUCGUAUUCUUAUCUUUUAUUAGUUCUUAUUGUUGUUGUAUUGUCGAGAAGGAACCUGCAAGUAAGCAUUUCGUUGGACGGAGUAUAUCAUGUGUAUCUGUGAGAGUGUGAUUUGAAGGAGUCAGACGCAGGAGGGUAAAUCACAGAAUACGGAGUUUAUUCCGUAAUAAACAGUUACGCUGGAUAGCAUCAACAGUCCAGUGCGCAAAACAGGCGCACUGGAACAAAUACAGGCACACAGGGAAAAUAUACCCCGGCAAUACAAAGUACAGGUCGCUCCACCGAGCUACACUCAUCUCACAUGAAACAAUCACCCACAAGGACAAGGGGGCAGAGAGAACACUUAUACAUGUACUAAUGAGGGGAAUAUGAACCAGGUGUGUGUAAUUGACAAGACAAGACAAAUGGAAUGAUGAGAUAUGGAGCGGCAGUGGCUAGAAGGCCGGUGACGACGAACGCUGAAGCCUGCCCGAACAAGGAGGGGAGGCAGCUUCGGAAGAAGUCGUGACAGUAUCCUGUACAUUCAACUAAUAAAACUUAAAUAUUCCCCAUGUAAUGGGUUGUGGCUAGAUGGUAUACAGCUACGGACAUAAGUUACUUUUCGUAGCAGGUUAGGAGAUCAUUUUAGCUAAAUCUAACCCUAACCCUUUUCCUAACUUUAAUCAAUUUCUCCUAACCUGCUACGUUAAUUAUCCUAACCUGCUGCGUAAGUUCUCCUAACGAAAAGUCACAUCUGUCCGUAGCUGUAUACCAUCUAUUCAAAACCCAUGUAAUAUUAAUGGGCCACUAACAUGGCUGCCAUAGGUUUUUGAAGUGUCAUGUAAAUGUAUCAUAAUGCUCAUUCUAAACAUUAUAUUUCCCAUGUAAUGUUAAUCCUUAAGAGUCUAUUGAUGCACCCAUGUGUCAAUCUAAGUAACAUAAUAAAAAGAUCCCUAUUAAAAUCCGUCAGUUUAAGCUAGAGAUAUCUUUCUUGCAUGGGCUGCAUCUCAAUCCACCGCAUCCACCUAUGUUGGCCUUCCACAAAUUGGGUCUUCUCACAAAAAAGUCUGUAGCGUCCGAACGGUUUGGCCUACAAAUGAAUAUGACCACUCUGAUUCCACUGAAGGUCACGGGACUCGUAUAAAGGUAACCCAUACAAACGAAUGAAAGUAUGGAGGUAGUUUUGUGCCAACAAAAAUAAGGGGUUAAAUAUGAGUCCAAAAAACAAAGAUAUUUCCUGAGCUUUCUUACAUCUCCUAGAUAUAGAACAGACACUUCAAAACCUUAUUCCUUUUUUUGGACUGUCAUUUUUGCCAUUUAUGAAUGUGUUAUUUAAUGCGUUUCUGUGGGCUAUAGUAGUAAAGGCCAAAUUCAAUAUUCUAUCAAAUAUUGUUAUAAUAUAUAUUUUUUAUGCCUAAAGGGGUCCUGAAAUUCAAAAUAAAAAUAGAUAAUGAUCCAUGGUUUGACCAUCUUAAAAAAAUUCCAUAUGCUAGCUUAGUAGAACUUGUCCUCAUAGAUCAGUAUCUCUCCCUCUCUCUCUUUCCCUCAGGUGUAGUAUUCCCCUACUACCCCCGGGUGGGGCGCUACAAGCUCAACUACCACCAAGCUGAAGACGUGUGUAAGGAGCAGGAUGCCAUCCUGGCCUCUCAUGCCCAGCUCCACAAGGCCUGGAUGGAGGGACUGGACUGGUGCAACGCUGGCUGGCUGGAGGACGGCUCCGUCCAGUACCCCAUCUCCCACCCCCGGGACCAGUGUGGCCGCAAGGACACCCCCUCAGGGGUACGCAACUAUGGCUACAGACACAAAGAGGAUGAGCGCUAUGACGCCUUCUGUUUCACCUCCAACCUCAAUGGUGAGUGUGGGGGCUCCUUUCCUUGCUUUCUUUCCUUGAACAGAUGAGAGAUGAGAACAUUGAUAGGUGACGGGUAGGUUCCCAAGAUAUCUUUCCACCAUAUUGCCUCUGCUCUGACUAUACAGUAUUUUCAGGUCUGUGCAGAUGAAGGUAAGGAGACUAGGCGAGGUGUAUUGCGAUGCAGCCAGAGAGCCCACAGGGGGAAGAGGGGCAUGUCUCUGAUCUCUGCACCGUGAUCCCCUAGGCCCGAGGCCAUUGGAUUUGGAUCAGUCCCUGUGUUGAUCCUGCUCUCUUAAAAGGGCCACAGUGUCUUCUGGCUCCGUUUUUAUCUCCACUCCAUUUGAUUUACGUCCAUAGUUCCACACAGCUGUGGCAGGGUGAGAGGCAUAUCUUGGUUCUAGGAUUCAGAUGGGCUCCCGAGUGGCGCAGUGGUCUAAGGCACUGCAUCUCAGUGCUUGAGGUGUCACUACAGACCUCCUGGUUUGAUUCCAGGCUGUAUCACAACCGGCCGUGAUUGGGAGUCCCAUAGGGCGGCGCACAAUUGGCCCAACAUUGUCCGGGUUUGGCCGGUGUAGGCCGUCAUUGUAAAUAAGAAUUUGUUCUUAACUGACUUGCCUAGUUAAAUAAAGGUAAAAUAAAAUAAAUAUAUAAAAAUAUCUAUUAGAUAGCCAGAAGGCAACGUUUGUGUCAGUGGGUGCUGUAGGUGGGUGUGGUGCAGGAAUCAGAUGCAGGACGCAGAAAGAUAAGUCCAAUAGACUUUAGUGAACAGCACACUCAAAUUCACGAGUCAAACGCCCGGAGGCGAGAAAGUCCGCACACAGGCGAAAACCAAAAGGCGCACAAAACAGUGCGUAAAUAACCUCCUAACACAGAGGAGGAAAAUACGAAAUGCACAAGGCAAACAGUAGCGCACAAAACACGACAGCGAAACAAUAACACACAAACACAGACACACACAACGAGAACUAAAUAGAACACUAACGAGGACUAACUAGACACAGGUGUACAACAUCAAGACCAAACCAAACGAACAUGAAACAUAGAUCGGUGGCAGCUAGUACUCCGGAGACGACGACCGCCGAAGCCUGCCCGAACCAGGAGGAGGAGCAGCCUCGGCCGAAACCGUGACAGUACCCCCCCCUUGACGCGCGGCUCCAGCCGUGCGCCGACCCCGGCCUCGGGGACGACCAGGAGGACGCGGAGCAGGGCGCGCGGGAUGGUCCCGGUGGAACUCCGACAGGAGAGAUGGUCUAGGAUGUCCCUCCGCGGCACCCAGCACCGCUCCUCCGGGCCGUACCCCUCCCACUCCACGAGAUACUGGAGACCCCCCAUCCGGCGUCUGGAGUCCAAGAUGGACCGAACGGUGUACGCCGGAGCCCCCUCGAUGUCCAAUGGGGGUGGAGGAGUCUCUCCUAUCUCAUUGUCCUGGAGUGGACCAGCUACCACCGGCCUGAGAAGAGACACAUGGAACGAGGGGUUAAUAUUCUUAUAUUCAACAGGUAGAUGUAACCUAUAACACACCUCGUUCAAUCUUCUCAGGACUUUAAAGGGCCCCACAAACCGCCGACCCAGCUUCCGGCAGGGCAGGCGGAGGGGCAGGUUUCUGGUAGAGAGCCAGACUCGAUCUCCGGGUGCGUACACCGGCCCCUCACUGCGGUGGAGAUCGGCGCUCGCCUUGUGACGAAGGACGGCCCGCUGCAGGUGGACGUGGGCAGCGUUCCACGUCUCUUCCGAGCGCCUCAUCCAAUCAUCCACCACAGGGGCCUCGAUCUGGCUCUGCUGCCACGGUGCCAGAACUGGCUGGUAACCUAAUACACAUUGAAAAGGGGUUAGGUUAGUAGAGGAGUGGCGGAGAGAGUUCUGGGCCAUCUCGGCCCAGGGAAUGUAACGCGCCCACUCCUCAGGCCGGUCCUGGCAAUACGACCUCAGAAACCUACCCACAUCCUGGUUGACACGUUCCACCUGCCAGUUACUCUCCGGGUGGUACCCCGAGGUAAGGCUAACCGAGACCCCCCAAACGCUCCAUAAACGCUCUCCACACACGGGAGGUAAACUGGGGGCCUCGAUCAGACACUAUAUCCUCGGGGACCCCGUAAUGCCGGAAGACGUGGGUAAAUAGGGCCUCAGCGGUCUGUAGGGCAGUAGGAAGACCCGACAUAGGGAGAAGACGACAGGCCUUAGAGAACCGGUCCACAACGACCAGGAUGGUGGUAUUCCCCUGAGAGAGGGGAAGGUCUGUUACAAAAUCCACCGAGAGGUGGGACCAUGGUCGUUGUGGAACGGGUAGGGGCUGUAACUUACCCCUGGGCAGAUGUCGGGGCGCCUUACACUGGGCGCACACCGAGCAGGAGGAGACGUAAACCCUCACAUCCCUAGCCAAAGUAGGCCACCAGUAUUUAGUGCUAAGGCAAUGCACUGUCCGGCCAAUACCCGGAUGUCCUGAGGAGGGUGACGUGUGAGCCCAGUAGAUGAGUCGAUCCCGAAUCUCGAGCGGAACGUACCUCCGACCCUCAGGACAUUGUGGAGGGCUGGGGUCGGUACGCAACGCUCGCUCGAUCUCGGCAUCGACCUCCCACACCACCGGUGCCACAAGGCAAGACUCCGGUAGUAUGGGAGUAGGCUCAACGGACCUCUCCUCUGUGUCAUACCGCCGGGACAGUGCAUCUGCCUUGCCAUUCUGGGACCCAGGGAUGUACGUGAUUUUAAAUACGAACCUGGUGAGAAACAUACUCCAUCGAGCCUGGCGAGGGUUCAGUCUCCUCGCUGCCCGGAUGUACUCCAGGUUCCGAUGGUCAGUCAAAAUGAGGAAAGGGUGUUGAGCCCCCUCAAGCCAAUGCCUCCACACCUUAAGGGCCUGAACUACAGCUAACAGCUCCCUGUCCCCAACGUCAUAGUUACGCUCCGCCGGGCUGAGCUUUUUGGAGUAAAAAGCACAGGGGCGGAGUUUAGGUGGCGAGCCGGACCUUUGAGAGAGCACGGCCCCUAUACCAGCCUCAGACGCGUCCACCUCAACCUGAAAGGGAAUUGUGGGAUCCGGAUGCGCCAGCACCGGAGCCGACGUAAACAGGUCCUUCAGUCUCCCAAAGGCCCUGUCCGCAUCAGCUGACCACUGCAGGCGCACCGGACCCCCUUUCAGAAGGGACGUGAUGGGAGCUGCCACCUGUCCAAAACCCCGGAUAAACCUCCGGUAGUAAUUCGCAAAGCCCAAGAACUGCUGCACCUCUUUUACAGUGGUUGGAGUUUGCCAAUUACGCACAGCGGACACACGAUCCACCUCCAUACUCACCCCUGACGCGGACAACCGAUAACCCAAAAAGGAGACAGAUUCCUGGAAAAACAGACAUUUCUCUGCCUUGACAUAUAGGUCGUGCUCCAACAGCCUCCUCAAUACACGUCGCACCAGGGUUACAUGCUCGGCUCGGGUAGACGAGUACACCAGAAUAUCAUCAAUGUACACGACCACCCCUUGUCCCUGCAUAUCCCGGAAAAUGUCAUCUACGAAGGAUUGAAAGACUGAUGGAGCAUUCAUCAACCCAUAUGGCAUGACAAGAUAUUCGAAAUGACCUGACGUGGUACUAAACGCUGUUUCCAUUCAUCGCCCUCCCUAAUGCGCACCAAGUUAUACGCGCUCCUGAGAUCCAAUUUUGUGAAAAACCGCGCCCCAUGCAAUGACUCCGUCAUGGUCGCAAUCAGAGGGAGUGGAUAACUGUAUUUCACAGUAAUCUGAUUGAGACCACGGUAAUCAAUGCACAGGCGCAACCCUCCAUCUUUCUUUUUCACAAAAAAGAAACUCGAAGAGGCGGGGGAAGUGGAAGGCCGAAUGUAUCCCUGUCUCAAAGAUUCGGCUAUGUAGGUCUUCAUAGCUUUUCUCUCCUCUUGAGACAAAGGAUACACAUGGCUCCGUGGGAGCGCUGCUCCUGCCUGGAGAUCAAUCGCACAAUCCCCCUGUCUAUGGGGAGGCAACUGCGUCGCCCUAGUUUUGCUAAACACAAGAGCUAAAUCCCCAUAUUCAGGCGGAAUGUGCAAUGCGGGCACUUGGUUUGGACUUUCCACCGACGUCGCCCCCACGGAAACACCCAGACAUCGCCCCUCACACUGAGCAGACCACCCAUCGAGAGCCCUCUGUUGCCACGAAAUAGCAGGGUUAUGGGUGCUUAACCAGAGAAUCCCCAGCACCACUGGGUACGCAGGAGAGUCGAUCAGAUACAGCUGUAUAGUCUCUUCAUGACCCCCCUGCGCACACAUCCUAAGUGGCGCUGUGACUUCCCUGAUCAACCCCGACCCCAACGGACGGCUAUCUAAGGCAUGAACGGGAAAAGGUUUGUCAACGGGUAGGAGAGGGAUCCCUAACUCUAAACAAAACUUUCGAUCAACAAAAUUCCCAGCUGCGCCUGAAUCUACUAGCGCCUUAUGCUGGGAAUGAGGUGCAACCUGUGGAAAACCAACAGGUAUACAAAAGUGCGCAACAGAAAGCUCUGGGUAGGUGGGGCGUCUACUCACCUGGGAGGCCCCCCCAGUGCGUGGCCUGUUGUCUUCUCCCCCGGAGAACCCUCCCCAGCACCUGGCCGCAGUGUGCCCUCCACGACCGCACUUGGUGCAGGAGACAGGCCCCCUCGGGCUCCUCCUACUCCGUUCUCUAGCGCCGGCACCCCCCGAGCUCCAUAGGGCUCGGCUCGGAGGUGCCGGAGGGCGUAAUGGACGGACCCCCCUCGGGACGUCCACGGGUGGCCAGCAGGGUGUCUAAACGGAUGGACAUAUCAACCAACUGGUCGAAAGUCAGAUGGGUAUCCCUGCAGGCCAACUCUCGUUGAACGUCCUCCCGGAGGCUACACCGAAAAUGGUCAAUGAGAGCCCGUUCAUUCCACCCUGCAUCCGCCGCUAGAGUCCGGUACUCUAAAGCAAACGCCUGUGCGCUCCUCCUCCCCUGUCUCAAGUGGACUAGCCGCUCCCCCGCCGCUUUGCCCUCAAGUGGAUGGUCAAACACGGCCUUGAAGCGGCGGGAGAACUCUGCGUAGGAGAUGGUGUUGGCGUCCAUCUUCCUCCACUCAGCGUUAGCCCACUCCAACGCCUUUCCCGAGAGACAGGAGAUGAGGGUGGAAACGCUCUCGUGUCCUGAGGGCACCGGGUGUACAGUGGCCAGGUAGAGCUCCACCUGCAGGAGGAACCCCUGACACCCGGCAGCUGUUCCGUCAUACGCCCUCGGGAGCGAGAGCCGAAUCCUCCUGGGUUCCGGACCUGGGGCUGGUGGACCGGCCGAUGGGGUGGACAGGGUAGGUGGAGGUGUGGGUACCCUGCUGGCUUCCCAUCGGUGCAGGGUGUUGAUCACGUCCUGUAGAGCGGUCUCCAGUUGUCUUAUCUGGCCCUCCUGCCAAUGGAUAUGCUCCUCGAGCGACACAGCCGAUCCUGCUGAUUCCAUAAUGGUGUGUUAUUCUGUCAGUGGGUGCUGUAGGUGGGUGUGGUGCAGGAAUCAGAUGCAGGACGCAGAAAGAUAAGUCCAAUAGACUUUAGUGAACAGCACACUCAAAUUCACGAGUCAAACGCCCGGAGGCGAGAAAGUCCGCACACAGGCGAAAACCAAAAGGCGCACAAAACAGUGCGUAAAUAACCUCCUAACAAAGAGGAGGAGCAGCCUCGGCCGAAACCGUGACAGUUUGGGGGCAAUGCUGCUGCUCUACUGUACUAGAACUCGUCAUGACAGAAUGAUCCAUCUGUUACCGGGGGAUAUAAAACAUAACAUUUGGAGAAACAUGAUUUAUGGGUACAGCCGCUGAGAUUGUGACUCAAUCGCUGAAGAAAUAACAAAUAGAUUUUAUUUUAUUUUUCUUCUCCUGAGAAGGAACAAAAGUAAUGAUAUUCUUUCUUGAAUAUUAAAGCAAAACAGUCCUUUUUGCCAAGAAUCUGAACUAUCUGAACUAGAGAAGAGAGACAACACACUAGCCGUAGUCGAACUUUAACCUGGUACUUCAUAGUGGAGACCUAACAGUCUCUUCAUUGCCUCCCCAGUGAGUUAAUUACAUUCAAACAGACAGUCAGGCCUGAAAUGUGGGCUAUCUUCAGGAGCGAUGGUGGGUGAUACUGUUGCACUGACCAGCUGGAAGAUAUUUACCCAGUAGCCCUUGGGGAAAUAUAAGACAAUAUUACUCCCUAACAGGCAGCAGCCAUAUAAACAAACGGAAAAUCGAUAGCCAAGUGCAAGGCUGCUGGCAACCGUUCUGUGGUAGAAAACGACCCUAUGUUUUCUAGGUUAGCUUGUUCAUUCCUCUCUGUAAAAACUUCACGAGGCUUCAUUUCAGUGCUAACACUUUCUACAAUCAUGAUCCCAUAACUGUAAAUGCUUCUGGCGAGAAGUCUUCCCAGAACAAGAUGAAAUUAGAAAUUGAAGUAUUUUACAGUAAUUUUGAGCGAGAGCGCUGUCCACCGCCGCUGCAUGCUGUUCGAUUUUGAAACGGCUCAUGUGGGUUCUCUCUCUAUCUCCUUCUCUCUUUCUUUCCCGCACACCCCUGACAAUUUCUCUAUCUCACCCUCUGUCUCACCCAUCUCAUCCCUCUCUCUCUCUCUCUCUCUCUCUCUCCUCCAGUCUCUUCCUCUCCUCUCUCUCACUCUCUCUCAUCUCUCUCUCUCUCCCUCGUCAACUCUCUUCUCCUCUCUUCCUCUCUCCAUCAUCUCUCUCGUCUCUCCUCUCAUGCGCUCUCUCUCUCGUGCUCUCAUCUCCUCUCCUCUCAUCUCUCUCUCUUCUCCUCCUCUCUCUCCUCUCUCUCUCUCUCUCUCUCUUCCGCUCCCUCAUCUCACUUCCCUUGCUCCCUGUCACAUCUUCUAUCUCUCUUCUCCAAGUCCUUCCCCUGUCUUCACUGUCUCUCUCCUCUUGCGUAGAGCCCCUUGUCCCCGCCGCUCAUGCUUCUCUCUUUCGCUGCCCAGACGGAUGUUUUGUUUCUUGAGAUUCGGACUCAUUCUCCGCGCAGGCAUCAGACUUGUUUCUGCCCUAUACCUCAGAAUCUAUCCCCUCUCGGUUCUGCUCUGCCUGUUAUCUCAUGUGUUCUCUCUCAUCCCUUCUCUCUCUUUCUUCUCCCUCCUCCCACUUACAUUCUCUAUCUCUACCCUCUGCUCAUCCACGCUGAUCGAUCUCUCUCUCUCUCGUCUCUCUCUCUCUCACGCUCGCUCCAGAUCGAUUCUCUCUGCUCCUCGUCUCUCUCACCAUCUCUGCCUCGACUCUCGCUCGCAUCACUCUCUCCCUCUGGUCUCUCUCUAUCUCUCUCUCUCCUCUCUCUCAUCUCUCUCUCUCUCUCUCUCUCUCUCUCUCAUACACACACACACACUUCUCUUCUCUCCCCCCUCUCCCCUCCUCCAGGUAAGGUGUAUUUCCUGAAGCGCUUUAAGAAGGUGAAUUAUGUUGAAGCAGUGAAGGCUUGCGUGCGUGACGGCUCCGUGGUGGCCAAGGUGGGCCAGCUCUAUGCUGCCUGGAAGAUCCAGCUGCUGGACCGCUGUGAGGCUGGCUGGCUGGAGGACGCCAGCAUCCGCUACCCCAUCGUCAACCCACGUACCCGCUGCGGAGGGCCCCAACCGGGGGUCCGCCACUUGGGCUUCCCUGACUUUAAGUUCCGCCUCUAUGGGGUCUACUGCUUCCGCAAGAAUGAAGAGAGUGUUAAUGGUGAUGUGGUUAAGUCAACACAGCGCCCAAGGAAGAGCAGCAAGGACAUCCCCAUGAACACCACCUCCACCAGAACCGUCUAG